UCAUCCUAGCCAGGUAACUAGUUGGACUUAUCAUGGUCAUUGUUAUCAUCCUAGCCAGAGCCUUGAAGGUGAACCCUGACAACGUGGCGACCCCUAUCGCCGCCUCCCUUGGUGAUGUAACCACGUUAUCCCUACUGGCCUGGAUUGCAGAUAUUCUAUUCAGACAUCUAGAACUUAAGAUGUUCACGGCGCAAAUCAUUAUAGGAUGUUAUUUUCUGAUACUUCCCGUAUUCUUGUACAUGGCCUGGAGUAACCCCCACACUGUAGAAGUACUGCAAACAGGAUGGACACCUGUACUUAUGGCUAUGCUAAUAAGUUCUGGAGGAGGUUUAAUCCUGGACCACGCUGUGGAGAUGUUCAAGGGAAUAACAGUGUUUGCUCCAGUUAUGAAUGGAGCUGGAGGAAAUCUUGUUGCUAUACAGGCCUCUCGGAUGACGACAUAUCUUCAUGCUGCAACCAACUCCCUCCAAGGCACCUUCCCGCCAGAUGACGACCGCGUGUGCGUGCUGCCCUGCUCGGCGCUGUGUGGUGGAUUCAGCUGCUGCGGUUCAAACCAGGCGGCCCCGCACGCCGGUACAGCCCGGCUACUCCUGUGUAUACUUGUGCCGGGGCAGCUGGUGUUUGUGUACUCUAUUUGUGUACUAGAAGCUGGUGUACUUCCAACUCCUUUGUUCUUACUGGGAUACAUCAUUGCAUCCGUUGCACAGGUUGUUCUUCUGUUGUAUCUGUGCCAGCUGUUGGUCUACUGGAUGUGGAGUAGAGGGGCGGAUCCAGAUAAUGCUGCUAUUCCAUAUCUGACAGCGAUCGGGGAUUUGUUGGGAACUGGUUUCCUAACUAUUGCAUUUCUUCUACUUCACUUUGGAGGAGACCCAACUAUUCAAAAUCUAGAUGUUCAUAGGAUAAUGAAUGAAACAGUCGUGGAAUUUCUCAACCAUACUUCCUUCAGUGUCAAUUUAGUGGCUACACUAGACACAUAAACACUAUUAGACAGUAGAUACAUAGAUAUUUGACACAUAUAUAGUAGACACCUAAACACUAGACACAUAAACACUAUUAGACAGUAAAUACAUAGACAUUAGACACAUAUAUAAUAGAUACAUAAACAAUAGACACAUAAACACUAUUAGACAGUAGAUACAUAGACUUUAGACACAUAAAAACUAUUAGACAGUAGAUACAUAGACAUUAGACACAUUGACAGUAGACAUAUAAACACAAGACACAAACAAUAGACACCUAAACACUUGACACAUAAAUUAAAGCAAUGUGCUCGUAAGAUUAAAACCUUUUAUGUUUUCAUACUUAACUCCUCUUAUUAAAAGAGAAUUUUUAAACUUCUGCAUAAAUCAAAAUAGUGGAGCUACGAGGUCACAAGGUCGUACCAGUAAUGUCACAUGAAGGAAUUGAGACUUUGCUACAAACUAAAAUUUUUCUACAUCUAUAAAUCCUUUCAACCUGAAUGUUUAAACCUUUUAUAUUUUAAACUUAGAUUAUUCUAUCUAGCAGAAUUCAAAGAUUAAAAUAUCGGAGGUCUGCAACAUUGGGUUGAACAGAUAAAGGGUUUAGAAAAUCAGAGUUUGUGGCAAAAACUCAAUUCUUUUGGGCUUCUCCUAUACUGUCAUUAUUUUAACGUGUCAAUAUACAUAUCACAGUUAUAAUUUUAAAAAGUGGCAAUUAUACUAGAAGCAUAUACAGUAUACACAUGGACACUUAUAGACACAUAGAAAGUUCAUCAUUUAAUUU